UAGGUCUAAGCCAUAACACAUACCUACGUGGGGAUGACAUUUCGGUGAUAGGGAUGCCUGGUGGAAGAAACAUCAGAAGACCAUCAAGUUCAGGCAAGAGGUUAAUAGCAUCUACGUUGGACUUGGAGCAGCGGCUUGUGAGUGGACGAUCGGCUGCCUUCCACCUCAAAGUUCAGCUUAAGUGUUGUGUAUCUGGGGCUUCACUUCUACCACCCAGAUGGAAGCCAGAAGGAGCUGGGCUCCCAGCAGCCGGCUGUGCCCCACUGGGAUGGCACUGCUAGUCCUCGCCUCUCUGCUCAGCUGUCUGCUCACCUCCAGUGAAGCCAAAGUCUACAGUCGCUGUGAGCUGGCCAGAGUGCUUCGGGACUUCGGCCUGGAUGGCUACCGGGGAUAUAGCCUGGCUGACUGGGUCUGCCUUGCUUACUUCACAAGUGGCUUCAACACAGGCGCCGUGGACCACGAGGCAGAUGGAAGCACCAACAAUGGCAUCUUUCAGAUCAACAGCCGGAGGUGGUGCAAGAACCUCACCCCGGACUCCCACAAUCAGUGCCGGGUGUACUGUUCUGACUUGCUGAACCCUAACCUCAAGGAUACUGUGAUCUGUGCCAUGAAGAUUGUUCAAGAGCCCCAGGGUCUGGGAUAUUGGGAGUCCUGGAGGCGUCACUGCCAAGGCAAGGACCUGAGUGACUGGGUGGAUGGCUGUGACUUCUAGGAGCCUCUCUGGAAAGAACCAGGCCACACACAGCAGCGU